AUGGGUGCAUCUGCCAAUUCCGCCGAGCUGCUGCUGCGGGUUUGCGCAGACAUUGCAGCACAGCUCGUCGAUGCCCAUGACCGCUCAGCGUCAGUCUCGUUGAACAGCAUUCGCACAAGCACCUGCAAAAGACACGGCUACAAUGGAGUUCCACGACUCACCGACAUUAUCGCUGCUAUUCCUGAGGCGUAUCGCAAAGUGCUCGUCCCUGCACUCAAGGCCAAACCCGUGCGAAGUGCUUCUGGUAUCGCUGUAGUAGCCGUCAUGUGCAAGCCACAUCGAUGCCCCCACAUCGCUCUUACCGGCAACAUUUGCGUCUACUGUCCAGGCGGUCCCGACUCCGACUUCGAGUACAGCACCCAGUCUUACACCGGAUAUGAACCCACCUCGAUGCGAGCCAUUCGAGCUCGAUACGAUCCCUACGAGCAAUCCAAGAACCGAGUGCAGCAGCUCCGCGAGCUGGGUCACAGUGUCGACAAAGUCGAGUACAUUAUCAUGGGCGGCACUUUCAUGUCUUUGUCCGAGACCUAUCGCAGCCAAUUCAUCGCGCAGCUGCACAACGCCCUCAGCGGAUUCAACGGUCAAGACGUCGAUGAGGCCGUCAAAUACUCGGAACGCGCCCUGACGAAAUGCAUCGGUAUCACCAUCGAGACACGGCCCGACUACUGCUUGCGACCACACCUUUCUCAGAUGCUCCGGUACGGCUGCACUCGCCUCGAAAUUGGCGUGCAAUCCGUCUAUGAAGACGUAGCGAGGGACACCAACCGAGGGCACACCGUCAAAGCGGUCUGCGAGACCUUCCAGCUUGCCAAAGAUGCUGGCUACAAGAUCGUUGCGCACAUGAUGCCAGAUCUCCCCAACGUCGGCGUCGAGCGUGACAUGGAGCAAUUCAAGGAGUACUUCGAGAAUCCAGCUUUUCGUACUGACGGCCUCAAGCUUUACCCUACCCUCGUCAUCCGCGGCACCGGUCUGUACGAGCUCUGGAGGACGGGUCGUUACAAGAAUUAUACCCCUUCCUUCCUGGUCGACUUGAUCGCACGUAUCUUGGCACUGGUACCACCAUGGACGCGAGUCUAUCGUGUGCAGCGUGACAUCCCCAUGCCGCUCGUAUCGUCCGGUGUCGAAAAUGGCAACCUGCGAGAACUGGCGUUGGAGCGCAUGCGCGAUUUCGGCGUCACUUGUCGCGAUGUACGCUACCGCGAAGUCGGCUUGCACGAGAUCCAUACCAAGGUCCGACCGGACGAGGUUGAGUUCAUCCGUCGAGACUACACGGCAAACGGCGGCUGGGAAUCCUUCCUCGCUUACGAAGAUCCGGAGAAGGACAUUCUCAUUGCGCUGCUGCGACUGCGAAAGUGCUCGGCCGCUGGGACAUACCGGCCCGAAUUGACAAAGGAUGGCCAGUGUUCGAUCGUUCGCGAGCUGCACACGUACGGUAGCGCGGUUCCCAUCCAUUCGCGAGACCCAACCAAGUUCCAACAUCAGGGUUUCGGUACGUUGCUGAUGGAGCAGGCCGAACGCAUUGCCAGAGACGAACACGGGUCGCGCAAGCUGGCUGUCAUCUCCGGCGUGGGUACUCGAGACUACUACCGAAGACUCAGAUACGAGCUUGAGGGCCCUUACAUGGUCAAGAUGCUCGUGGACGAGAUGGGCGAAGACGACGCUUCGGACGUCAGUGCAUCUGAACCCGACUUCUACUUCUGA